UUGGUGUAUAAUACCAAUAAAAUUAAAUCCCUGGAAAAGGAGCGAUGGAAACAGGCCUUGGUCACGUUACCCUCUGCUACUACUGAGGGCUCGAAGAACCGGAAUGUCAUCAAGCAAUUAGUUGCGGAUGCCGAGGAAAAAUAUAAGCGUAUAUUCAUAAUCAUUGAUCUUCAAAAAAAUGGAAGAGUAUUAAGGACGCUUAUAAAAGAGACAAAGCGAAGAACAAUAACUGUUCCAGUGGAUCUGGAGCUAAGCCUAGAAGACCGUGCAUUUCAAUAUGAACAUCAGUAUGGAUACCAGUUUGGAUAUCAGUCUGAAUUUCAGCCUCAAUAUCCAAGUAAUCAAUCAGCGCCAAGAAACGAAUCUGUCAGUUCACUCCAAAAUUUGGAUAGCAAUGAAUCGGUUACAAAUGACUCCGAUAUCAUAUCUGACAUGUAUGAUGAUAUUGAAUAA